UUUGCACGUUAGCUUCGCAGACAGGCUAACAGACAAGCUUCGACAAAGAAAGAGGAAAAUGGCUCGACUGGAUUAGUGUCAGGUUGUCUGAGUGGUAAUGUGAGCUGGAGUUAUUUCGCAAUAAAACAUCGUGUCCUUAUUCGGGGUUAGUUUGUCCUCUUACAUCCCUGGCAUGCAAGCAGAACUGACUUUUUAUUUUAGUUUCGGUUUUUUUUUUGUGGUUUUUUUUUUGCCUGCGAUCACCUCCAUACAGUAACCUGUUAGGAAAAAUAACCUAAUGACCGGUGUUCCUACCGGAAACAAUAACGCUUCGAGGUUACAUGACAAAGCGAGAUAAAGAGAGAGCAGGGGAGAGAGAGAAAGAAUGAGAAUAAAAAUACAUGACAGUAACAGAGAGAGUAAAGGAGAAAUACAAAGAGUGAGAGAGCGAAAUUUAGGGAUAUAGUGAGUGUACGAGAGAGAAAGAAAGCAAUAUAAAAUAAGAAAGUAGGAGAAUAAAUAGAGGACAAAGAGAAGAGAGAGACAGAAAGGAGAAAAACGAGAGACAGGUCGACUAGGAUGACGAAUAAGAAAGAGAAAGACGCAUACAAAGAAACAAACUAGACAGAAAAAAAAUAGAAGAGUGACAAGAGAGUGGGAGAAGAGAAGAGCCAGGUCAUAGUUCACGUGGAUUCACUGUCUCAAUACAUGUCACUGCGUCACUAAACUUGACUGUGGCACAGAGCACAGAGAUGGGGAGGGGGAAAGCGGUGGAGGUAGCAGUUACCAGGAGUAUUUUUCAAACCGGUAGGUGCGGAGGCCGGAUUUAACAGCUUAUAACUUAGUAACAUAGUCAGAGCUCUAUAAAGAGAAAAAAAAACAGAGAUAUUAACAGAUUGCGCUGUAGACAAAGGAGAGUGAGCAGCAAAGCUCUCUUGUCGAACUCGUGGUUCCCUGAGGUCAGCGCCAGAAGAUCAUCAGACCACCUCAUCAGACAGGUCGUCUUGGCAGACAACACAAAACUGCUGACGGGACACUUCAAGGCUGUUUCCAGGUUGAGUGUUUAACAUGGCGUUCACCAUGGUAAUCCUUGUGGCCAUCAUGAUCUUCAUUUCUCAGGGUGGAACAGUAGCAGGGGCGACAACAAGGACAUCAGGUUCAGUACCAACAACGACAACAGCAAGGGCAACAGCUCCGACAUCAGCAACAGCGACACUAAGAACAUCAGGUCCAACAGAAGCAUCAACAACAAUAACAUCAGGUCCAACAGCAGCAACCGCAACAACAAGGACAUCAGGUGCGAUACCAACAAGCACAUCAGCAAGUGCAACAGGUCCAACAGGAGCAGCCACAACAGCAAGGACAUCAGGUCCAAUACCAGCAACUACAACAGCAAGUCCUCCAGGUUCAACAGCAACAGCCACAACAGCAAGGACAUCAGCUCAGACAGCAGCAACAUCGACGGCAAGCACAUCAGGUCCAACAAUAGCAGGCACAACUCCACUGACAUCAGGUUCAGUACCAACAACUACAACAACAAGGGCAACAGUUCCGACAUCAGCAGCCCCGACGGCAUUCACAUCAGGUCCAACAGCAACAGCCACAACAACAAGGACAUCAGCUCCGACAACAAUUAACAUAGCAGCAAGUCAAACAGCUCAGACAGCAGCAACAUCGACAGCAAGCAUAGUUACAUCAGGUCCAAUAAUAGCAGGCACAACUCCAGUAACAUCAGGUUCAGUACCAACAACUACAGCAACAAGGGCAACAGUUCCAAUAUCAUCAGCCCCGACGGCAAACACAUCAGGUCAAACAGCAACAGCCACAACAACAAGGACAUCAGGUCCGAUGCCAACAGCUACAACAGCAAGUCCAUCAGAUACUACACCCACAUCUACAACAGUGACAUCAGUGUGCUCUGUCGAUGCUCCCACUCUGAAUGUUGUACCCUGGCAAGUUGGUUACCUGACGUCUCCUAACUACCCGUUCAACUAUUACAACAACGCCGACUGUCGGUGGCUGAUAUUAGCAAGCGGUGGUUAUGUUGUGAGGCUGACUGUCUUGAACUUCAAUCUGGAGACAUGCUGUGAUUACUUGGAGUUAUAUGACGGCGCUCAGCAAUCCAGUUCAUCCCACAUUAUCAGGACCAGCUCCAUAUCAUCACAGUCAGUCUUCUACAGCAGUGGGCAGUACAUGUACAUCAGGUUCUACACCGACUACUCCGUCACGUACUCAGGCUUCAGGCUGACAUACGAGGCCAUCAACCAACAGUCUGUGCCAACGUCUGUGCCAACGUCUGGUUCUACGACCACAUCUACAACAGGACCACCAUUAGCUCCGACAGCAACUAAUAUAGCAGCAAGUCAAACAGUUCAGACAACAGCAACAUCGACAGCAAGCACAUCAGGUCCAACAACAGCAGCCACAACUCCAGUGACAUCAGGUUCAAUACCAACAACUACAACAACAAGGGCAACAGUUCCGACAUCAGCAGCCCCGACGGCAAACACAUCAGGUCAAACAGCAACAGCCACAACAACAAGGACAUCAGGUGCGAUACCAACAAGCACAUCAGCAAGUGCAACAGGUCCAACAGGAGCAGCCACAACAGCAAGGACAUCAGGUCCGGUACCAGCAACUACAGCAGCAAGUCCUCCAGGUUCAAUAGCAUCAGCCACAACAGCAAGGACAUCAGCUCCGAUAGCAGUUAACAUAACAGCAAGUCCAGCAGCUCAGACAGCAACAACAUCGACGGCAAGCACAUCAGGUCCAACAAUAGCAGCCACAACUCCAGUGACAUCAGGUUCAACACCAACAACUACAACAACAAGGAUAACUGUUCCGACAUCACCAGCCCCGACAGCAAACACAUCAGGUCAAACAGCAACAGCCACAACAACAAGGACAUCAGGUGCGAUACCAACAACCACAACAGCAAGUCCAACAGUUCCGACAUCAGCUACCACAACGGCAAGCACGUCAGUUCCGUUCUCAUCAUUCACCACCACAAGAACAUCAGAUACUACACCCACAUCUACAACAGCAGUGACAUCAGUGUGCUCUAUCGAUGCUCCGACUCUGAAUGUUGUACCUGGGCAAGUUGGUUACCUGACGUCUCCUAACUACCCGUCCCCCUAUUACAACAACGCCGACUGUCGGUGGCUGAUAUUCGCUAGUGGUUAUGUUGUGAGGCUGACUGUCUUGAACUUCAAUCUGGAGACGGGGUGGGAUUUCUUGGAGUUAUAUGACGGCGCUCAACAAUCCAGUUCACCCCUCAUUAUCAGGACCAGUUACCCGCCCUCACAGUCAGUCUUGUACAGCAGUGGGCAGUACAUGUACAUCAGGUUUUACAGCGACUACUCCAUCACGUACUCAGGCUUCAGGCUGACAUACGAGGCCAUCAACCAACAGUCUGUGCCAACGUCUUUGCCAACGUCUGGACCACCAUUAGUGUGGACUUCUAGCGGGACAACUCUCUCUGCUGUACCCGGGCAAGUCGGUUACCUGACGUCCCCUUACUAUCCGUCUGUCUAUUCCGGCUACUUCCAUUGCUCAUGGGUGAUAAAUUCUGCCAGUGGCUAUGCAAUCAAGGCAACUCUCUGGAACGCCACUAAUUCUGACUUUAACUUCUACAUCGUGAUUUAUGACGGUCCGUCGGACUCCUCCCGUUUAGUUGCCUGGGUCUCAAGCACGACAUCACAAGCCGUGUAUUACAGCUCUGGACAGUCCAUGUACAUCACGUUUCUUAGCUACGGCUUCAGCCAGAACUCGUUCUUCAAUCUGACUUACGAGGCCGUCAAUCAGUCGUCUUCUCCUUGGUCCGUGUGUAGUUCUAACGGGACAACUCUCACUGCUGUACCCGGGCAAGUCCGUAACCUGACGUCUCUUUACUUCCCGAGUGUUUAUUACGGCUUCAUCUACUGCUCGUGGACGAUAAUUUCUACCAAUUGCUCUGUCGUCAAGGCAACACUCUUGAACGUUACUAAUCCUGACAUCGACUUGUACAUCGCGAUUUAUGACGGUAUGUCAGCCUCAUCCCCUUCACUUGCCGGGAUCUCCAACAUGUCAUCACAAAACGUGUAUUACAGCUCUGGACAGUCCAUGUACAUCUGGGUUGCUACCUACGGUCUCGGCCCAAACUCAUUCCUUAGUCUCACCUACGAGGCUGUCGACCAACGGUCUGUGCCCACGUCCGAUACUACGACCACAUCUACAACAGCGGCGCCAUCAGUGUGCUCUGUCUAUGCUCCGACUCUGAAUGUUGUACCUGGGCAAGUUGGUUACCUGACGUCUCCUAACUACCCGUACCCCUAUAACAAGUCCGACAGUACCAGCUACACCACCUCGAUCAUCGGACCCCUGCACGUGUACAUGUUCAUGUGUCUCUACCUGUUCACGCCCAUGAUGACAUCAUCAACGACUGAUCACAUCUGGACUACAGGCAGCCUCAAACACAAUGGUUCUGGUCGCUCAAAAAACUUAUUUUGAUUUUAUUUCUGUAAAAAAGUAGAUUUUCGUGCAGAUACGCACUUAGUACAUACGUUAGUGCCUAAAACACAUACAAGAGUCAUCUAUAAUAAACACACAGCAUACUAUAGAUAUUUUCGUAGACAUUUUACAUAAUAUACAUACAAACGUUGUACUGAUCAUAAGAGAAGACAUCGCUUAACAUUAUGAAUAACAAACAGUAUACUGUAGACUAUUAUAAUUUCUUAGUUUAUGGUAGAUGUCUUUUUAUUCUAUCAUAUACUCAUCAUAUUUGAUUUCGAAUACAAUAAAUGACAAAAAUAUAAAAGCUGGAAAAAUACAGUGAUAAAUUAUUUACUGUAAAGUGUAAACCAUCUGAAUUUUUUUAAAACCUUCUUUCCGGUAAGAAAUGGUGGACAUCUCCGAAUACGUAAAAUAGAAACCACAGUGUGGUGGUUGAAUUUCCCCGUAAAUUCCACCUUACAAAAGUAAACAAAUAAAUGCAAGGCAGAGAGGAAUUUCGGUUACUUUGUAUAUGCUUUUGUGACAAAAUUGUCAUCUGCUUGUAUAUGAAUAAGCUUAUGUUUUGGGUUAGGGUUAUUGCUAUGUCUGCUGAGCCCGAAGUGUGUUGAACUGUUUGUAUUUUAUUGCUUAGCAGUUAAUGAGGUAAUUUCGUGCAAAACACAUUUCUGAUUUC